GUAACAUAAGUAGCCACAACGGUUAAGACAGAGAACAUUCAAUCGGUUAAUUGAUAAUAUUUUUGCUGAGAUAAUAGUUAGGUUCCUAAAAAAUGAGGGAUAAAUGCAGAUCCAGUACCGGCGCUAGGGUAUCAGGCGUCCGCCUGCAAAACUAGCAUAGGCGCCCUUCAGUUUCUUUUAAAUUAAUAUUUUGUGUCACACCAGCAGAAAAAAGCCGAUUUUGGCGCCCCCCAAACAGGGGCGCCCGCCUGCAGUGCAUCCCUUGCAGGCCCGUUAUCGCCGGCCCUGUGCAGAUCCAAUAAUCAAUAAUUCCUUCUAGCAGCGGAAACAAUUAAAAUCAUUAGAACAAUAGAAUAAAACUACCACACAUUGAUAGAAAACCCAGAAUCCUAAGAGUAAAUACAAGAGUAAGUUAUAUUAUCAACCAAUCUUAAAAUGGCUGCACAUGAAAUAUAAGCUCAACCAUACAAAAUGAGUACUUCAGAUAGUACUGUGUACAAACCAUUAGUGAAAGAUAUUCCACCUGAAAUAGGACCGAGCCAAAACCGACCAAUAACGACCUGGUUUCUUUACUUUGCUGCUAUUACAUCAAAUUUAGCACAACUAACAAUUGGAUUGAUGGGAGCAUGGAUGUCACCAGUUACAGAACAGAUAUUAUCAACUAAUAUCGAUGUCAAUCCUUUGGGCAAACCUGUCACAAUUUUACAAUUAUCAUUAAUUGGAGCAUCGCAACCAGCUGGUUCUGUUAUAGGACCGCUACUCAUUGCAAAAUUUUAUGACAUAUUUGGUAGGAAACCAACUUUACUAUGCUUAUGUUUAAUUAUGACAUCAUCCUUGAUAUUAUUAUCAUUUUCUUCUACCAUAUACCUGUACAUACCUUUACUCUUCAUAGUGGGACUCUGUACCGGUGCAUUGAAUGUAGGCUUUCCAGUGUAUGUGGGUGAAAUAACCGAAGACCAUAACAGAAGUAGAUUUACUUGUUUAGUCCAAACUGGACUUCCGAUAGGAAUGAUGUUAAGUUUUUUAACAGGGCCAUACCUCUCAGUAAAAUAUUACACUCUAAUAUGUGCUAUACCGGUGGCGUUAAAUGCUAUUUUCUUUGCCACCAUCUUACCUGAAUCGCCAGUUCAACUUAUUAAGUUCAAACUUCUACGCCAAGCACAAGAUGUAUUAGGACGGCUCAGACAAAAAUCGCCAAAGGAUGUUGAAAUAGAAGUUAUCAGAAUAUACGAUGAGUUAGCAAUAACUUCAAAUAGGAAACAAGGGGGCUGCACCAAAAUGCUGUCAGACAAAAGUGCCCGUAAUGGUUUCAUCGUGGCUAUAGUCACGUUUAAUAUACUUGUAUUGAGCGGCAGUCAGUCUAUGACAAGUUAUUUACAACCCAUCUUUGACAAAGCAGAAUCUCCCAUCCCAAGUAAUAUUUGUGCUUUAUUAGUUACUAUAGUUCAAAUAAUUUGUUACUUUGCUUCAUCAGUAAUUGUUGAAAAAGUGGGUAAAAGAAACCUUAUUCUAUUUUCCACCAGUACGUCGAUAAUUCCAUUAACUUUAUUUGCAUUAUAUUUCCAGUUAAAAUAUAGCGGAUAUAACUUUGUUGAACAAUAUACUUGGUUUCCUGUUGUUGCACUGGUAGUAUUUACCACAGUAAACAACAUAGGGCAUGGGUCUGUUCCCAUAGCUUUUAUGAACGAUUUGUUUAUAAACCAGGUAAAGGCUAUCGCGGUUUCUUCGAUUGUUUUAUCAUUCGGAAUUCUUAAUGCUCUUGUGACGUUCGGUAUUCCGCUCAUAAUGGAAACAGUGGGAAUUCAGUGGUGCUUCUGGAUUUUUGCUGGAAAUUGUGUUUUGGGAACGAUAUUUGUAUAUUUCUUGGUACCAGAAACUACCAACAAGAGCAUUGCAGAAAUACAAGACAUUUUAAAAAAAUUGAUAUAACCUAAUAAUAUUUCUUCUAUCUUUGGAACACAUUAUGGUUCAAAGAUCUAUAUUUAAAACUUUGUACGAAACGUGUGGAGCAGAAACACUGACCUUUACCAGAAAAGUAAUAUAUAAAAUACAAAUCAUAGACAAAACAAUGGAACUGUCAAUAUUGAAGAUAUCUCCCAAAGACGAGAGGUCGGAUGACAUCACGCGCAACUAGUACAACUACUGUAUUCAAGCUGCUCAAUAGUACAUUAUUUGACAGUUUUUGCUGUAAAUUUGAAAGAACCGUUUGGAUUGACAUGAAAUUUGGCAUACACAUAGCUAAUAAGUC